AUGCGUUUCUCAACUAUCGCUGCUGCCACCCUGUUGGCCGUUGGUGUCAGUGCCGGUGGCCGGAAUGGCACCGCCCCUCCAGUCGUUACUGAGGUCGUGACCGACUACGUCACGUACUGCCCGGCGCCCACCACCAUUACCCACGGCGGCAACACCUACACCAUCACCGAGGCUACCACCAUCACCCUGCCAUGUCCAACUGGCUGCACCGUCACCAAGCCCGUCUCCAGCGCCGUCGUGACCAAGUGCACCACCUGCGAGAAGCCCCCGCCGGCGCCGACCUCCAAGCCAUACGGCAACGGCACCACCCCCGCUCCCACCAAGAGCUCCCCGUCCGUCGCUCCUCCCGCCAAGACCUCUGCCGUCCCGCCGAAGUUCACCGGUGCCGCCAGCCAGAUGGCCGUCUCCGGUGGUGCUUUGGCUGCCAUCUUCGGCAUGGCUGCCUACCUCCUGUAA